AUGGGGCCAGUAGUGACUUCACGAAUCUCACAAAUCCGCCGGAUUUCAUGUGUGCUCACCAUCUUGAGGACCGGAGACGAUGAUGUGGCGAUCAAGGUUCUGUAUUGUGGGAUCUGCCACUCUGAUCUGCAUACCAUCAAGAACGAGUGGAAGGACACCAUCUACCCCUGCGUCCCAGGGCACGAGAUCGCCGGAGCGGUCACCGAGGUGGGCGCGAGCGUGACAAGGUUCAAGGCCGGCGACCGCGUCGGCGUGGGCUGCAUGGUGAACUCGUGCCAGUCCUGCGACCGCUGCGCCGGGGGCUUCGAGAACCUCUGCCCGGGCAUCGUCUGGACCUACAACUCCGUCGACCUCGACGGCACCGUCACCUACGGCGGCUACUCGAGCAACGUGGUGGUCCACGAGCGGUUCGUGGUCAGGUUCCCUGAUGCCAUGCCGCUGGACCAGGGCGCGCCGCUGCUGUGCGCGGGCAUCACCGUGUACAGCCCCAUGCGGCGCCACGGGCUCGACGCGCCGGGGAAGCACGUCGGCGUGGCGGGGCUGGGAGGGCUGGGCCACGUCGCCGUGAAGCUCGCCAGGGCGUUCGGGGCCAGGGUGACGGUGGUCAGCUCGUCGCCGGCGAAGAGGCGGGAGGCGCUGGACCGGCUCGGCGCCGACGCGUUCGUCCUCAGCAGCGACGCCUACGAGAUGAAGGUCAUAUAUUCAUCGAUCUUCUCAGAUCAAACACAAGCUCGCGGAUCAUUCAUAGGAUCCUAUAUAUGCGAUGGAGUUGGUGUUGUUCAUGCAGGCUGCGGCGGGCACCAUGGACGGCAUCAUCAACACGGUGUCCGCGAACAUUCCACUGACCCCGCUGUUGGGAUUGCUGAAGCCCAACGGCAAGAUGGUGCUGGUCGGCAUGCCCGAGAAGCCCCUUUGAUCUGAUUCUCGAGAACAAGGCACUGGUCGGGAGCUCCAUCGGCGGCAUGAGGGAGACGGAGGAGAUGAUGGAGCUGGCGGCGAGGCACGGCGUGGCGGCGGACGUGGAGGUGAUCGGCGCGGACUACGUGAACGAGGCCAUGGAGCGCCUCGCCAGGGCCGACGUCAGGUACCGCUUCGUCAUCGACAUCGGCAACACCCUCAGGGACAACGCCGAGUGACACUGUGCCUCCUGUUACAUCGAUCGGCCGGCCGGCGACCGUCGCCGUCGCCUUGUGCUGCUGCUUCGCAGUGAUAUUCCGGCAAAGUGGACAACUAUGUGGGUAUGCACAUGUGCUGGUCUUCAGAAAAGUUAUAGUACUCGAAAAUACAGAAGCAUAAGUUUCACCCGAAACCGAGACCCAGAUGAAACUAAAUGUCUGAGCAGUGUUCAGUUCAUUGUUCGUUCAGGACAAUAGGGUCUCGGUGCAUGUGUGCUAAAAUUCUGGAAUAAAUGCAACCAUUGCCAGAA